AUGGGGGAAGCAUACUCCGGCGGUACUACAGCAGCAGCAGAAGCACCAGCAGACGCAGCACACGGCGAUGCGCACAACCGAGUCCUUAUAAUUGGUGCCGGAAUAACGGGCCUGGCGCUUGCCCAAGGCCUGACCAAGGCCGGCAUCGCGUGCACCGUCUUCGAGAAGACCAGCGCUGCUCAUGGCGAUCGCGACUGGAACAUGGGCCUGCAUUGGGCGGCCCCGGUGCUGCAGAGCCUCAUGCCACGUGGCUGGUGGGAGCAGCACGUCCAGAGUCUCCAGGUCGACCCCAACCAUCCCACAAAGCCCCUCGACACGCUCAAAUGGCUCCGCGGUGACACCGGCGAGCUCGUCGCCGCAAUCACCUUUGGGCCCUUCUACCGCCUGCGACGGAGCAAGCUGCGUCAGCUCCUGUCCCACGGCAUCGACAUCCGCUACAACCUUCCGCUCCACGCCAUCUCGCAUCCCCCACACGGCCGUUCCGUCACCGCCCACUUCGCCGACGGUUCCACUGCCACGGGUUCCAUCCUCGUCGGCGCCGACGGCGCUCACUCUGUCACCCGCAGCCUCCUGCUCGGCCCCCAGCUGGGCGCCAUCAACCCCAUUCCCUAUGCCGCCACCUUUGUCCAGUCCACCUUCACCAAGGAGCAGGCCCUUCACCUGAGGUCCUUUCACCCCCUCUACCUGGCCUCGGCCCACCCCAACAACUACUUUGCCUUUUUCGGCAUGCAACAUGCCCCAGAUGCAAAUGACCCCUCGACUUGGACCUUCUUCUACUACAUCUCGUGGCGCAGCAGCCUAGAAGAGCAAGAGGCCACCAAGCACUGGACCAGCGCUCAACGCCUCGCCCAGCAAAAGGAACUUGCCAAGCAGUUCUGCGACCCCUGGAAGAGCGCCCUGGAAUGGACCCCCGACGACACACCCGUAUGGUAUCUUGGCCUUACCGAGUGGGAUCCUAGCCUGCAUGCUCAUCGCUGGGACAAUCACAACGGACGCGUCACCAUGGUCGGCGACGCUGUUCACCCCAUGACGUACCAACGCGGACAAGGCCUCAACCACUCCGUCACAGACGCAGGGAAGCUGUGUGACGCCAUCACCAGAAUACACGCUGGCCAAGAUCGGAAAGCUGCCAUCACUGCCUAUGAAGACGAAGUCAUCAAGCGCGGGGGUGCAGAGGUUCGCGACUGUACAGCAAAUACUGUCAUGUUGCACGACUGGGAGCGUGUCCGCCAGAGCCCUCUUUUCACAAAGGGUUUGAACAAGACUCACAUUUAG